AUGCUUCAGAAUCUAUAUAACGUCUCAAAAACAUCAAGGCUUCAAUAUUUCAGAACUUCAAGAUAUAUGCUGACCAUAUUUAAUCGUAAUUAUGUAACUCAACCUCAAGUGACGAGAGAUUUGCAAAAUUUAAAUCACGUUGAAAUUGAUGGUGAAGGUCUAACCAUUGAAAAUGUGAUACAGGUGUCUCGUUUUCAUCGUGAAGCUCGUCUCACUACUAAUAACGCCAUUAGAGAUAAAAUAACAAGCUCGAAUAAUUACGUUAACAAUGCUAUCGCUGAAGGAAAGAUUAUCUACGGGGUUAAUACUAAUUUUGGUGGCAUGGCCAAAAAACAUCUACCAAUUGAAGAACUUAACUUGCUCCAAAAAAAUUUAAUUUGGGGUUGCAAAUGUAGUGUUGGUAAACAAUUACCUGUAGAACAUGUUAGAGCUAGUAUGUUAAUACGAGCUAAUGCUCUUAUGCGAGGUGUAUCUGGGAUUAGGCUCGAAUUAAUUGAAAGGUUGAUAAAGUUUUUAAAUGCUGAUUUAAUUCCCGUCGUACGCGAAUAUGGCUCAGUUGGUGCAAGUGGUGAUGUAGUUCCCUUAACAAACAUUGCUGGUGUUAUUAUUGGAUUAGAUUCUUCUUUUAAAGUUAAUUAUUUAGGGAGUGAGAUAGAUGCUCUUAGUGCACUCUCAAAGUUAGAAUUAAAACCAAUUACACUUGGUCCAAAGGAAGGUCUGGCUCUUAUCAAUGGUACUUCAUUCUCAACUGGUAUUGCAGCACAAUGCAUUUACGAAGUUGAUCGCUUAUUUUCAUUAGCACUACAUCUUCAUUCAUUCUUUGUUCAAGCACUCCAAGGGUCUAGUUUACCUUUUGAUCAUUUUAUUCAUAAACAUAAGCCUCAUGAAGGACAAAUACGAGUAGCAAGUGAAAUGACAGAAUUAAUCCAUGGCUCAAAAUUUUUAGAUGAUAACAUUAGCACAAUGAAAGGAGGUGUACCCAAGUUGGUUCAAGAUCGUUAUUCAUUAAGAGGUAUACCUCAAUACCUAGGAGUAGUUGUUGAUACUUUCACCCAAGCAAAAAAGUAUAUAGAAACCGAAAUAAACUCAGCCAGUGAUAAUCCAUUAAUUGAUGCCGACCAGCAAAAAUAUUUUCAUCAAGCAAACUUUAUAGGACAAUAUAUUGCCUAUGCAAUGGACCAAGUAAGACAUGGUUUGGGUCUUAUAGCAAAACAUAUUGAUACACAAAUCGC